CCUAUCCCACCUCACGUCGAGCAAGACGCGACAGUGCUCCUCCUACAACGCAUGACGUUCCCAAUUAAUGUGGUUUCACCAGCUCAUCAUUGCCUAAAGGCCCCUUCAUAGCCGUCAGAUUGUCGCCUCCGGCAUCAAUUGCCCCUCUUCGCACUCCCAAAAGGCAGUCGGCAAGUGAGGAAGCCUCCCUCUGGCCCGAAACGUUGCGCAUUCUCGACACCUCAGCUCGCUGCCCGCUCCUCCACCCUCACGACGCGACGCCCUGUUUCCCGACGCAGAGGCAGUUCCCGCCAAGACACGUACGAUACGAGCACCGUGCCGAUCGACGCAUGCAACAUCACAAUCGGCUUCUCGAACGAUAGGCGCGAACCCGCGGCGGAGCCGGACCUGCCCUCGGGGUAUUCCCCCCUUCGCCAUGGCGACGCUCGUGGGGUCGGCGUCCAUCAAGGGCAGCACCGAGACGGUGCGCAUGGUGCUGCUGACCUUUGCGACGAUUGGCAUCACGUGCGUAUUCCAGCUGGCCAUGAUGUGACACGGUUGUAUAUUGACCGCGAGGGGUGCUCACAGCUUCACAUGGGGCAUUGAGAUGACGUACUGCACGCCGUACCUCUUGAAUCUCGGGCUGACCAAGAGCAACACAUCCCUGAUAUGGAUCGCCGGCCCGCUGUCGGGCCUAGUUGUCCAGCCCAUCGCGGGCGUCAUCGCCGACGAGAACACGUCUAAAUGGGGCCGCAGGAGGCCGCUCAUGGUUGUCAGCGCCGUCAUCGUCGCUUUGAGUCUGCUGGUGCUUGGAUUCACGCGCGAGCUCGUGGGUCUCGUCUUUGCCGGCGGCGAGAACGCGAGUAGGCCGACCAUAUUCUUGGCCGUGGUAGCCUUAUACGUCGUCGACUUUGCCAUCAACGUCGUCAUGUCGUGCUCCAGGAGCCUCAUUGUCGACACGCUCCCACUCGAGAUGCAACAGACAGGCGCGGCAUGGGCCAGCCGCAUGUCUUCCAUCGGCCAUAUGAUCGGCUAUGCAGCCGGAUCCAUCGACCUCGUCCAGAUGCUGGGCACCACCUUGGGCAGUUCCCAGUUCCAGCAGCUCACUGUCAUCGCCGCCCUCGCCAUCCUCGGCUCCACGGCCGUUACCUGCUGGGCCGUAACGGAGAAGGUGCUCGUCAUGCCCAAAGGGGCCACUCAGGCCAAGGGCAUCAUGCAGGUGCUGAGGCAGAUCUGGUCCACGGUGCGGCACCUCCCGCCGCGCGUGCAGGCCAUCUGCUGGGCCCAGUUCUGGUCCUGGAUCGGCUGGUUCCCCUUUCUCUUCUACAACACGACGUGGCUAGGUGAGACGUACUUCCGCUACGACGCGCCGCCCGAGGCCCGACAGUCCAAGGACGCGCUCGGCGACAUGGGCCGCAUCGGCAGCACGUCGCUGUUCGUCUACUCGUGCGUCACCUUUAUCGGCGCAUUUGCGCUGCCACUGCUGGUCAGGUCCCCUGACGAGGGGGGCUUCACGCAACGUCCACCGCAGGCGAUUGCAGGGUUCGUCAAGAAGCUCAACGAGAAGAAGCCCGAUCUCCUGACGACGUGGAUAUGCGGCCACCUGCUCUUCGCCGCCGCCAUGUCGUUUGCGCCGUUUGCGAGGAGCUUCCGCUUUGCGACGUUUCUUGUGUGCCUUUGCGGACUGCCAUGGACUAUCGCCAUGUGGGCGCCAUCAGCCCUCCUCGGCGUCGAAGUCAACCGGCUCAGCGGUGGAGGUGAGGACGGCGCCGCGUACCGCCGACUGUCGGACGAGCCGGGCAUAGAACUCCCCAACACCGGCGACGCCGCUGUGCUCCUGGAGGACCCGAUGGCCGGUGCAGACGCCGCCGACGUCGCGUCCACGGCGGAGCUAUCGGGCGUCUACUUUGGCAUCCUCAACAUCUACACCACGCUGCCGCAGUUCUGCGGCACCUUUAUUGCGACCAUAGUGUUCUCGCUGCUGGAGCCGGGGAAGAGCCCUGAGCUGUCAGGCGACGGCGGCGGCGGCUCUGCAGACUCGGGACGGGAGGCGAGCGGCCCCAACGCCAUCGCCGUGUGCCUGUUCAUCGGCGCCAUGAGCACAGUGGUGGCGGCCUUUGCCACUCACAAGCUCAGGCAUCUAUGAGAAGGGAGGGAGGGGGGUUUGCUACGGAACAGCGUGGUGUGUUAGAAUAGAUUGUUGCGGACACGGGAAAUCUCGGUCUAGAUCAGAGCCCGGUCGGGCCGGGUCAAGGGGGCGUUUGGGGAUUUGCGACAUUUGUUCCCGUGUAGCGCGGCUUCGCUGCGUGUUCAUCUUGGAUACGGGGGGAUAAUGUGACGAGACGCGAGAGUCUCUUGAUGAUCACGGUCUGAUAUCGGGCACUACUGAACUCGCGCCUGUGACAGCCAUGUGCAGAUGCGGCACCCACGUG